UACAUUUCACAAAAUUCAUAGCUAAAAUAAACUAAAUGGAUACUUUAGUGUAUUCAGAAUUACCAAACCAUGCAAUCGAGACUUUGCAAGGACUGAACGAAUUCCGGAGAGAAUUUCCAGAAUAUUGUGAUUUUACUCUGAUUGCUGACAACAAAAAUUAUCCAUGUCAUCGAUCAGUUCUAUGCUACCACAGUGAAUAUUUUCGCGCGAUGGUGCGAGGGAAUUUUUUGGAAAAUGGCGCGAAUGUAACAACAUUAGGAGAAGUGAAUUCAGAUUCAUUAUCUGCUAUAUUAGACUUCCUGUAUACGGGCAGAAUUGAAAUAAACCAGACUUCGGUUGAGACAUUACUUGAAACAGCGACGAGAUUCCAAUUUCAAAAGGUGAUAGACAUCUGUGUCAGUUACCUUCGUCAUCAAAUCGAUGAAACAAAUUCCCUCGAAAUGUACAAUUUUGGAAAAUGUCGCGCAAUACCAGAAUUAGCGGAAGCUGCCAAACAUUUUACUUACGAAAGAUUGGAAUCUGUAUUUGAUGUCAGUGAUGUAAUCAAACAUAUGACGCCACAUGAUGUUGAGGAAAUAUUGCAAGAUAAAUUAGCGCAUUUUUGUGGAGAGGAACAGAGAAUAAUGUCAAUUUUAAAAUGGACAAAUUUCGACAAAGCUGAUAGGAUGAAAGAGAUGGAAAAACUUCUUCAAAAUAUAAAUUGGUCACGUUUAUCCACUAAAUUUAUUUUACGAACAUUAUUGUACUACCCACUGGUUGUAUCGAAUAAAUCUACGAAAGAUUUAAUCAUCAAAAAAGUACGAAAAGUUCUUGAUGAUGUCAUAAACAAAGAUUCUUCGUCCACAGAAAUUUCGUCGCAUAGUACUACACGAGGCAGAUGGAGAAUUAGAAAUCUUUUCCCUGACCGAUGUCUGGGCGGGGAAAACCAAGGAUGUAUGCAAGAAGUCCUUCUAUUAAUUGGUGGCCUCACGUUAGGUGAAGCAGAAAGAGGAGACUUUAGUCAACCAAACGUAAUGUGUUAUGUUCCAAGAACGAGGGCAUGGGAAAUUCGAGCAAAUUGGCCUGAACGGAAGCUUCGUGGAUUUUCUGUGUCCAGAUUUCAUAAUAAUGUCAUUGUAACAGGUGGUUGUGAUUUCAUCGAAAUGAAACGAUACAACAUAAAAAGAGGUUGGAUAUACGAGGUAGAAAGUGACAAAUGGGAGAGACUAAAUGACAUGAUUUAUUCUAGAUCUUUCCAUAGCUCCUGUCAAGUAAACGGAGAAUUAUAUGUGGUCGGUGGAGCUUUCAAUACCAAAAUAGACAUGGAAGUUUUUCGCCAUCAUGGACAAGAUUGGACAGCUAUUAAAAAUAGUGCACCUAAAUUUGUUUGGAAUUUUGCUGUCGCUCCGUGUAAUGGUAAAGUUAUACUAGUUGGCAGCGGAGAAACUUCGCCUACUCUUGUUUUACAAUGUUAUAAUCCAGCAAUAGCACAAUGGAGUCAAUUCAGAUCACCAAAUGUACCUCGACAUCUGUCUUCUGUGCUGUGCACGACCUCUCAGGAUGGAAGCCAGAUAUUUGUCACCGGAGAUAAUUCACAGAAGGUAUUUAUGUUUAAUCCGAACGCAAACGAAUGGUCUCGGGCACAAGACAUGUUGAAUUUGCAUUCAAACGGAGGAAUGACGACAAUUGGAGAACAGAUCUACCUCACGGGAGGGCAUUUUGAAGAAGGCGAAUAUUUGGAUCAAAUGGAAUCAUAUGACGUAAAAUCUGGGCUAUGGACGUCGAAUGGGCCAUUGCCUUAUCUUUGGCUUUAUCAUACUUGUAUACCAAUCAUGUGUUCGACGUAGUCUUUUUAAACCAGGGGUGUGAUACAUGCUGACCACGGGCCACAACCAGGCCCGCCGAGCCAUUUAGUGUGGCCCUUGUCAACACUCAGAACUUUCCCCAUCAAGCAUAAAAUCAUAAUUUGACAAUUUAUGUUUAAAAAAGCUUUCGCACGGGUGAAAAUACAUAAUGUUUUUUGCUCUCGUA